AUGAGCUUGAAAGAAGUAUUCGAACAACAUCCAUGGAGGUCAUUUAAGAAAUUCAAUGAAGCUGCAAAGAGUUGGGGAUUUACUAACAGAGCUGAAGUGAAAAGGUUCUUUGACAAAAAUGUUGUACAUCAAACAAAAAUAAACCCUUACGACUACUUUUUACCAAUUUACUCCAACGCUCCUGACGCAUACCAAUUUGACACUCUCAUUCAGAGUAAGAAAGGAGGACAUAAACCAUUCCUCAUCUUCAUUAAUGUUAACACUCGUAAAGCAUAUGCAUAUCCAAUGAAAAAUAAAGGAACUCGUGAAGUGUUAAGAGUUUUACAAAAGUUUGUAGCAGAACAUAGCCCAAGUACUUUAACAUCAGACCAAGACAGUGCAUAUCUCAGCAAUGAAAUCACAGAUUUUCUCAUUAAGCAUAACAUAACUCACUACACUACUGAAGACCAUAACCAUAACAUACUCGGCAUCAUAAACCGCUUCAUAAGAACGCUUAGAGAUUUAAAUCAAGAGCGAGACUUUACCGAAGAAACAAUGA